CAUUUUUGUUUCGGAAUCAGUGAAUGUACGUACGGAUGGGGAAGAGACGAGACCGACGAAUUCCAGCCGAUCCCAAUCGCGAACAACAGACGGAACCGGCAGCUCGAGAAGAUCGAAGGAGCAGCAGCAUUGCUUCUGAUCGCCGGCUUAUCGUUAUCUUCUUCUCCUCCCUCGUCUUGCUUCCCAUCUUUUCCCUAAUUGUUUAUCGUAUUAAACUGGCUCCGCAGGCAACCGAUAAGCUCCUCUCUGUUUACGACAGAAGCCUUGUCAGGCCUAAUGUGAACUACCAAGAAAUCCUCGCCGAACAUUCGAACGUUUUGGAAAAUUCAAGCCAUCGACACUAUACGUAUCCAGUGCUGGCUUAUAUAACUCCCUGGAAUCCCAAAGGCUAUGAACUGGCAAAGAGAUUCAUCUCUAAGAUCACACAUAUCUCACCUGUUUGGUAUGAUCUGAAAAGUGAAGGGAGAAAAUUAAUUCUGGAUGGACGCCACAAUGCUGAUAAAGGAUGGAUUUCUGAUCUUAGAAUGAAUGGGCAUGCUCUGGUGUUACCUAGAAUUGUUCUUGAAGCAUUUCCCAAGGAGUUUCUUAGGAAGAAAAAGCAACAGGGUAAAGCAAUUGAUCUCAUAGUAAGCGAGUGCAGGGAGAUGGGAUAUGAUGGAAUUGUCCUAGAAUCUUGGUCGAGGUGGGCAGCUUAUGGUGUCUUGGAUGAUCCUGGCUUGCGAACCCAGGCACUACAGUUCAUCAAACAACUUGGGGAUGCCUUGCAUGCAGUGAACUCAGAGAGGAAACCCAAGCAUUAUCUACAAUUGGUUUAUGUUAUAGGCCCACCACAUUCAAGGGACCUCCAGGCACAUGAUUUUGGGCCAGAAGAUCUGCAAACCUUGAGCAGUGCAGUAGAUGGUUUCUCACUUAUGACAUAUGACUUCUCUGGUCCUCAAAACCCUGGACCUAAUGCUCCUCUCAAAUGGAUCCAAUCCACUCUACAGCUGCUGCUUCAGAAUACCAGGAGUGAUCCAAGCAUGGCUCAUAAGAUACUCCUUGGCAUCAAUUUCUACGGGAAUGAUUUCAUGCUUUCAGAAGGCUUUGGUGGUGGAGCUAUCAUUGGCAAGGAAUACCUAUCUUUGUUGGAAAAGCACAAGCCUGUGUUGCAGUGGGAGGAAAACAGUGCAGAGCAUCUGUUUGUCUACUACGAUAACAAACGAGUCAAGCAUGCAGUGUUCUACCCUUCACUGAUGUCUAUCUCAAAGCGCCUGGAAGAAGCUCAAACAUUGGGGGUUGGCAUCUCUAUUUGGGAAAUAGGGCAAGGUCUGGAUUAUUUUUUUGAUCUUCUCUGAACUCAAUUAUGUUGUUUUUUCAUUUUCAAACAGUGUAACAGGAAUUUUGUUAAUGUAGCCUCAAUUCUUAGUGACCAGAUCUGUUAGAAAGAAAAUGUUGUCAAUU